AUAUGAUUAUUUUCGUAUAAUUUCGUUGGGUUCAACAUUGUCGGCGCUCGUAGAAAUAGUAAUAUUACCGCGACACCUGCUAUAUUAUCAACAUAUCUGCCUUGUUUUCGAUAGCAGAACAUCGCCAUGUUUCCGAAAGAACUGAAGUUAAAUGAACAGACGAUUCGAAAUUUCCGAGUCGCGAAAAUUUUUAAGGAGAACUCGGCUCCAAUAAACUCAAUGGAUUUCGAUCUGCAGGGUACUAGUUUAAUAAGCAGUAGUGAUGAUGAUCAAAUUGUUAUUUACGAUUGUCAGAAUGGACAACCAAAAAGACAACUUAAUAGCAAAAAGUACGGUGUAGAUAUGAUCCGAUUUACCCACGCAGCCAAUACAGCAAUUCACGGAUCAACUAAAGUUGAUGAUACAAUUAGAUACCUUUCCCUUCAUGACAAUAAAUACAUCAGAUACUUUCACGGACAUAAUCAGAAGGUAGUAACACUGAGCAUGUCUCCAGUAGAUGAUACAUUCCUCUCAGGGUCUCUAGAUAAAACUUUAAGAUUAUGGGAUUUGAGAUCACCAAAUUGUCAAGGUGUAAUGCACCUUCCUGGACGUCCUGUUGCAGCUUUUGACCCUGAAGGUUUAAUCUUCGCGGCUGGAAUUAACUCAGAAUUCGUGAAAUUAUAUGAUUUGAGAUCUUUCGAUAAAGGACCAUUCGCCACAUUUAAACUACCUCAAGAAUGUGAAUGCGAUUGGACUAAUUUAAAAUUUAGCCCCGACGGAAAAACGAUUCUCAUAUCUACAAAUGGAACAGUAAUACGUUUAAUUGACGCUUAUCAAGGCGGUCCCCUACAAACCUUUGAUGGAAUCCAGAAUAAAGGAUUAAAUUUAGAAGCGUCGUUUACACCAGAUUCAAAAUUCGUUUUAAGCGGUUCUGCUGAUGGAAAAAUCCAUUGCUGGAAUGCCUUAACUGGUCAUCGCGUUGUUAUACUCAACUCUGAACAUAAAGGUCCAGUCAAUAGAGUUCAGUUUAAUCCUAAAUACAUGCUAUUAGCCUCAGCAUGUUCAAAUAUGCCAUUUCAAACUGAAAAUAUGAGUGAUCAAGAAGAGGAAAACUUUGAUGAAACUGAAAAUGCAGAGGAAACUGCGGGAGAUGAAGAAAAAGAUAUAGAGGAGGGUGAUAAAGAAACGGGUGAAGAAGAGGCCGAAGAGGAAGAGAAGGGAGAGGAAGAAGAGAAAGAGGAGGAAGAGGUUGAAGAGCCGGAUCCUGAAAUUAUUCUUUCAGAUGAUAUGAUAUCCAAUGGAUUAUCACUGUUGUGUAAAACUGGUGAUGGCCUUUCUCACGCUUACGUCAAAUUGGACGUACAUGAGAAGGAGUUGACAGAUAUCAGUAUUUUGGCUUCAUAUAUACAUUUAAGAUAUGUUGAUAUAAGCAACAACAAGUUGAAAGAUAUUUCCGUCCUGUCAAAUUUAACACAUUUGUCAACAUUAAAAGCUGAUGAUAAUAAAUUGACAACAGCAGCUUUAGAGGAGCGUCCCUAUUUACAAGUAGCUUCCUUCUCAAAGAAUAGAAUUAAAACGCUAGAGGGCGUCAGUCAUCCUCAUUUGGAACACCUAAUUCUACAAGAUAAUAGGUUGGAAAAGAUAUCUGGCUUGGUAGCAACCGGGUUAAGUAGAUUGCAUACUCUAGAAUUACGGGGCAAUAAAUUAACUUCAACUGCUGGUCUAGAAUUACCUACUUUGAGGAAUUUAUUUUUAGCCCAUAACGAAAUUACCAGUUUGGAGGGUUUGCAUACGCUUGAGCAGUUGACAACGUUACACUUAAGAUUUAAUCCAAUUGAGAAUUUAGACGGAUUCUCCGAAAGUAUGAAAAAUUUGCAAUACGUCAAUUUUAGGGAAUGCGAAAAACUCGCAGAUAUUAAAGAGUUGAAGAAAAUGCAAUCGUUACCUAUGAUUCGUGCUCUUGUACUUAGCAGCACCCCGCUUGCGAGCGAAGACGAUUAUCGAUUGGAAGUUUUGGUGACGCUUAGACGCCUUGAGCGGCUCGAUAAAGAUGAAUAUAGCGAAGAGGAAAAACAAGAGGCAGAAGAGGUUUACGAGCAAAGAAGGUUAGAAGAGAUGAACAACGAGACUGCCGAGGAGGUUAUCGAUGCUCCCGAAGAGGCUGAUUAG